UGAACCUGUUGGACCGUCAGUGUAUCCUGACCUUUAUUAAUCAUUCAUUGAAUUCACUCUUUUUAUCUGUUUAGUCCUCCGUGUGUUCACACUCCACCGGAUGACUGAAUGUGUGGUGUCCUUGCAGGUGUGUGUGUGUGUGUGUGUGUGUGUGGUGUCCUCGCAGGUGCAGGGUUCUCCUAGUGCUCUCCGUGCCUCAGCAGGCCAGAUCCCUGUAAAAAUGCCAGGGAACGCUUCCUCUUUUCUCCGGUAACGCUGCGCAGGGGUCCGGAUGGAGGCCUGAGAGUGGAGCUGAGCUGAAGGGUCUGAGUUGAGGAUGCGUGUCAGUGCAGCAGGAGACAGGAUGAAGGAUGUUCUGCAGGUGGUCGGGCUGGUUUCAGGUUUUCUGGGCUGCGUGUCCGCUUUCGCUACUCUGCACAUCAGCACCUGGAAGGAGUCCUCCGACUUCGACAAUGUCAUCAUCACCUCCAGACUCUUCGAGAACCUGUGGAUGUCCUGUGCCGAGGAUUCCACAGGAGUUUAUAACUGCUGGUACUUCCAGAGUUUACUGGCGCUGCCAGGUUAUAUCCAGGCGUGUCGAGCACUCAUGAUCGCGUCUAUCGUGAUGGGAAUGUUUGGGCUGAUCUCCACGCUGGUGGGAAUGCAGUGCUCCAAAAUAGGAGGAGAGAAUUACGUCCUGAAGGGAAGAAUCACUGCAGUUGGAGGAGUGUUCUUCAUUCUGCAGAGUCUGUGCACCAUGAUCGCUGUUUCAUGGUAUGCGUCCAACAUCACUCGGGAGUUCUAUGACCCCCUCCAUGAUGGAACCAAGUAUGAGAUCGGGGAGGGGCUGUACAUUGGCUGGAGUUCAGGUACGCUGGCUGUGAUUGGAGGCUGCUGUUUGCUGUGUUCCUGCAAAGUGAAGAGUAAAGAGGAGAAAGUUCCGUAUCUCCAUCACACUUCCAGAGGAGCAGCGUUCACUCCGCCCGCAGCGUCCCGAUCCCAGUGCAGCCAGUAUGGACGCAACGCUUAUGUGUGAGUUCAGCGUCCGUCAGUAUAGACAGUUAAACUCUCACCACUGACUGAGCGAAGCUCUGAGCUCAGAGACAACGAGGAUGAGGAUGAGGAGCAGAGCUGAUGUUCUAAUGUUCCCCACUGAGGAACUGGAGAAGUGUGAGGAGCUGAUACGUCUGAUUAACGGCUGUGACUGACCAGUGUGGACUGUUUAUCACUCUAAGUGUGUGUAAUGUGAGUCCGGUGAGCUUCAGCGCUCCAUCAUUAUCAUCAUCAUCAUCAUCAUCUGCAGAACAGAGAUGAUCGCUGGAGGAUCUGAUGGAGCUCAGAGAUGGAGAUCUGUGUUUUUAGUAAACAGACAUUUUUCAUCAGAACAUUUUUAUGAAUUUGUAGACGUUAAUGUUUAAAAUCAAAACACUGUGAUUUUACAGGAUUUCUGUUUAACACGUAUUGAUUGAUGAUGAGUUCUGCUGAUUGAUUUCAAAUUAGUUCAGGUUAAAAUCUAGAGUUUAGUAAUAAGAACUAAUUUGAUUCAUUUUAAUUAAAAUCUAAUUCUCUGUACAUAUUAAAUUGUAUUUUUAGGUCAUCUUUAUAAUAAGACAAUUUUUCUUUAUAUUCUACCAUUAUCUGUAAAUAAGAAUUGCAAUAUUAUAAUUUUAUUUAUUCUACCACUUUAGCACUUCAGCAGCAUUAAGCACCACUGAGGAGAACUUUUUAUUAAAACAUGGAAAAUAUUAUUAAGAACUGAAUGUUUUUUAGUAACAGAUUAUUACUGUUAUGAAAGAGUUACACCAUUGACAUUAUUACAACAUACAACAUGGUUUAUGACAGUUUUGAGAAGGUUUUGGCCUUAAACUCCAUUCAUGGUGGAGGGAUACAUGCAGGGC